CUGCGCUUAUGUCCGGCUACGAAAAGGAAAGUUCACCAAUCCACCGACGAGACGACGCCAUCACUGUCCACCGAUCCACCGGCAUCUCUCCUCUUCCAACAACACCAUCAUCUAUCCUUCAUCCCAGUUGUAUUCUAAUUUCCGACAUGUCGGCGCCCACACACCACUCCGUGCCAGCCGAGGUGCCGUCACCGUUCGUCUUUGACCCCGUCGAGGACGCUGUGGCCGCCAUCAAGGCCGGCGAGUUCGUGGUCGUCAUGGACGACGAGGACCGCGAGAACGAGGGCGAUGUCAUCUGCGCCGCGUCCAAGAUCACCGAGGAGGGCAUGGCGUGGUUCAUCAAGUGGACGAGCGGGUUCAUUUGCCUGUCGAUGCCGCCGUCCCGCCUCCAGGAGCUGCGGCUCCCGCCCCUCCUCGCCGCCAGCGGCUCCAGCGAAGACCCCAAGGGGACGGCGUACCACCUGACGAUUGAUGCCAACAGCGGCAAGCACCCCACGACGACGGGCAUCAGCGCGCACGACCGCGCUCUCGCGUCCCGCCUCGUUGCGAGCGGCGCUAGCGCCGACGAGUUCACGCGCCCCGGGCAUCUCGUGCCCCUCCGCUACACCCCGGGCGGGACGCGCGUGCGGUUCGGGCACACCGAGGCGGCCGUCGACCUGUGCUACCUCGCUGGCGAGCCGCCAGCUGGUCUCCUUUGCGAGCUCGUCCAUCCCACCGACCCCAAGGGCAGCAUGGCGCGCCGCGACGACUGCUGGCGCUUUGCGCGCGAGUGGGGCCUCAAGUGCAUCAGCAUCGAGGACAUGCGCAAGUACCUCGCCACCGACAAGGGCGCUGCCGUGCCCAAGGCGUGAGCGCCAGCAUCCGCGUUGUAGCUGGCUGGAGGAUUGGUCGGAGGUGUGGCGAGAGGCGAGAAAAGCGAAGCAACCCAUCGAGUCACCGAGGGGCGCCCCGAGUUUAUUAGCGGAUGGCGGAGACGGAUACCCAGUCGCUGCGAGCGACAUGCGAGCACGGCUGCGAGGAGCGGAAUGGGAGGCGUGGUCGUGCUCAUCUGCAUACGGCAUGGAUUACAACUCUUGGAUCGGUGGGGCGAAAUAUCAGACGAGGCGCAGCGGCACGCUGAUAAUCAUGCUCCGCUGAUCUCCUGAUUAACCACAAAGUAACCCUGGCAUAGCCAUCCAUGCCCUCUACAACAGUCUAAUGCUAUUUCACAAACAUGAGCACUAUCAAGCUAGCAAUGCCGAUGAUUCCGCUGGUACAACGCCGAGGCCCACUGAUAUGAAGUAAGGCAUCCGCUCAAAGCUUGAACAGGAAUCCGAG